UGGACAAUGAAGAAGGUUGCCUCUGAGCACAGCCGGACCUUGACCAGACAGGCUGGUGGACUGAUGGAUUUUAUUUUGGUGACAACCAAGCCAUGAUCCCCUCUGUCGGAUCCAUUACAGACCUAACAUGAAUGCAAACUGGGGUCAGGAAAACGGUGUCAUUGCACCAACACUUUCCUCUGUCUUCCUUGCUGCAACAUUGUAGCCCAUCUCCACGAAGCUCCUGCCACAGUGAAGUUAACUUCAAGAUGAAUGACAAACUGUUCAACCUUUUACCCCUCCAGGCCAGAACCAAGACCACCUCAUUUUCCAUUAUUAUCUGCAUACUGCAGUUCGAUGACUUGUGCGUGUACACACACAAUCCAAGCUACAAACCAUUGUCAAUGUAUUCUGAGGGGUGAAAGAGAAUCUGGGUCAGACUAAACAUUCAUAAAUCAAAGGGUUAUCUACUCAGUCCUGCCACACAAUACUUGCCAACUAUCAAAAUCCACAGGGAGCCCUUGGACAAUAUGAAUCCAUUCCUGUAUCUUGGGAGCCUCCUGUUGGUGUGAGCAGCCAUUGAUGAGGAAAUCAAAUGUUUAUUCCAAUGCCACCCCAAUACCUUCUGCCUGAAGAAUGGUCUGUUUUAAAGUCUGAGACUUCCAACCUUGUAUUAAGCUUAUGGUCUAAGCAACUGUGGUCUCCACCCUCCUCUUUGUACCAGAAAAGUAGACCAUGCAUAAUAGAUACUGCACAUCCCUGAAGAGUUAAGAGCCAUGUGAACUUCCCCUCCCAGACCAGCUGUGAUGAGUGAGCCACAUUUUCCACCUGCCCAACUUUAAGAUGACCUAAAGCGGGAGAUCCAAGAUGGCGGUGACUCAGCAAGUCUGAGUUUACAGUGCUCUUCCCAAAACCUGGGUAAAGUGAGUUACUCACCCCCACCACACUUACCAAACCACCCAAAAAAAAUUUCUAACCUUAAUUAGCUGCUUACUAUUAUAUUUAAGCAGUUUAAUAUUAAGUGGAUAAUGAGUAAACCAAAGGGAUCCCGCAGCUCUCAGAAAACAAAGACCCCUCCCCCACCCUCCUCUCCUCCUCCAGCUGCAGCUGAUGUAAAAACAGGCCUUGAAGAGAUGAUUGCCAGGCUGGAAACGACACUCGUCAAUUUCAUCGCAGAAUCCAGACAGAGAUGGAACUCAUUCGAAGAAAAGUUACAAAAGCACAGCCAGGCUAUUGAGGAACUGCAGGGCCGAGUGAAGGGGGCGGAGCUAAAGGCCACGACCUCCGAGGCUGCAGCACAAACAGCUGCAGAACAGGUGCGAGCUCUGGAGCAGAGAGUCAGGGCCUUUGAAAUCUACAUGGAUGACCUGGAUAAUAGAAAUCGGAGAAAGAAUAUCCGUCUUCUGGGCCUCCCUGAACAAGAGAAGGGACAGUUAGCAGUAUUUCUGGAGCGAUGGCUGCCCCAGCUUUUAAACCUGGGGGCUGAAACUGAUCGGGUAAGGGUGGAGUGGGCCUACCGGGUCGCAGUACGUGGAUCUGGCCCAAACCAGCGCCCACGCCCGGUCCUGUUCCGGCUGCAGAGUUAUAGGGAGAGGCAGAUACUCCUGGAUGCCUCCAGAAAUCUUGGAAAGGAUCCUAAAGCUAUGAUUCAUGAAGGAUCCAAGAUUGUUAUUUCAGGACUUCUCCCCGGCUUUGGCACGAAGGAGGAAGGCGUUUGAUGAGGUGAAGAAAUGUCUAAAGAACUUAAAUAUUCAAUACACCUUAUGCUACCCAGCGACGUUAUGCUUUACCCACGAAGGAUCCGAGUAUAAUUUUAGAUCACCAGAAGAGGCUAAGGAACUUUUAGACUCGUUUAAAUAAAUCGUAAGAGACAAUUUAUGUUGGCUUGCCUCUUCCACACUCCGUGGGGAGAAGUGGAUACUUUACUCUACUUGCUUCUGGGAGCAGGGUUGUCUUCCCUUGCUAUUUUAUGUUAUUAUACUUAACUGUAAUUUGUUGGAGUUGUAAUUUUAUAGUUGUGUGU